AGUGUGAUGCUCUGGAAACUUAAACGACAGUUCUUAAAAGAGCACUCGAGUAUUUGGAGAUAUGGCAUAAUUUCUACUCCAAAUCCUUCAGACUCUACUGGUUACCGAGAACUUAGAGCCGAAUAUGACUCCAGCGGCACUAUUAUUGCGUGCUAGGCCACAAGGAUUAUAAAUGGUUGUUCCCGGUAGACAAAUCGUCCAUGUCUAUUAACAAUGGUGGAAAAGCUUGAACUCAUAUCGGACACCUUCCAGGUUGGAGAUGUCCAUAAUGCGGACACAAAAGGACUACGACGGAGACUCUUGUGGAAGCUGGACACCAGGAUACUCCCGCCACUGGCCCUCCUAUACCUAGCAAACUUCGUCGACCGAUCCAACGUCGGCAAUGCAAAGAUCCUAGGCCUUGAAGACGACCUCAGUCUAACAAAUCACCAAUACGCAAAUGCCCUCGCUGUCUUCUUCGUCUUCUACGUCGUCUCAGAGCUCCCCUCAAACCUCGUUCUCAGACGAAUGACGCCCAAGUUCUGGCUUCCCUUCUUGGUAUUCCUCACAGGCAUCAUCGUGAUGUGUAUUGGCUUCGUCAAGACAUAUGCCCAGUUCGUCGUUGUCCGCGCCUUACUCGGAACAGCAGAGGGCGGUCUAUACCCGGGCUCGCUGUUAUUUCUGUCCACGAUAUACACCCGUGAAGAGCUAGCCCUGCGCGUGGGGAUAUUCUACUCAAGCGCAUCUCUAUCCGGCGCCUUUGGGGGUCUCCUCGCGCGAGGCCUUUCAGCGAUCCCUGCGACGUCAACUGUAUACGGGAGCUGGCGAUGGAUUUUCAUCAUUGAGGGAGUCAUCACCUGUGUAAUUGCAGCCGGGGCAUACUUCCUCCUGCCGAAUUCCGUGGCGACUGCAUCAUUCUUAACCGCUGAAGAACGGGAAUUUGCUCAGGUCCGGCUGAAGGAAUCGCACCAGUCUGAACAAGAAGAACGAUUCCGCUGGUCUGAAGUCCGCAGAGGGAUUCUCUCCCUGCAGCUUCUUUUCACAGGGACGGUGUAUUUCUCCAUCUGCUGUGCGCUGUUCUCUUUUAGUCUGUUCCUGCCCUCAAUCAUCCAGUCCCUGGGCUACACUGCAAACGAGGCACAGCUGCUCUCCGUCCCCCCCUACGCCGUGGCAUCAAUAGUCGGUGUGAUAGUAUCGUUUAUAUCAGACAGACUACGCAUCAGGGGAAUACUCAUCCUGAUUUCCCUCCCGCUCGCAAUAAUCGGCUACGUCCUCAUCGCGCGCGUCUCCAGCAACGUGACGAAAUACGGGCUGACUUUCUUAAUGGCAUCGGGGAUCUACGGCUCUGUUCCGCCGCUGCUGGUCUGGAUACUGAAUAACAGCGCGGGACACUAUAAGCGCGCCACGGCGGGUGCGCUGCAAGUGUGCAUGGCGAACUGCGGGGGGAUUGUUGCGGCGUUUCUGUAUCCGAAUGUUGAGAAGCCGGGAUAUGUUAAGAGUCAUACGAUUAUACUGGGGGUUCUUUGCUAUGCGUGGAUAUCUGUCUUCCUCAAUGUGGUGCAUGUGUGGAAGAUUAACAAGGACAAGCAGGAUGGGAAGUAUGACCAGUAUAUUGGAUAUAGGGACGACCGAGAGCCUUCUUUUCGAUUGGUGCUCUGAACGUUGUAAAGGGUUAGGGCUAAAUGUACACUGGACGGUGGAAUAUCGGGCAUGUUGACAUGGAUAUCACCAGCUGCAGCUAAAGAUGAUAAUACCUUUAUUAUAACUUACCGUAACUAAUUAAUAC